AUUGACGCAUUAUACGUUAACUGACUUUAAUUAUUUUAAAACUAGGUUAUAUUAUUGCUGGGCAUCGAAAUGACAGUUGUUUUUGCAAUGACCUUUGCUUGAGGUUUGCGCUUGCUCAGUUCUUUCCCCGUGAAGUGUUUCAGCAGGAAAUGAACAAUGCGCAGACUCCGCCUGCUCGGUGUUACGCUGCGUGGAAAUGAUGCGGACUCAGUAACUUCAACCAGAAGGUGCCUCCUAGCUGUUUGGAAUUGGAAAGGAGUGUGGAGUGGAUUAAACUGUUUCUAAAUGAAGGUUGUCCGAUAAACAGCCUGUUAAAUAUGUGUAUAGAAGUACACAUAUUAAUCCGUUGUUCGCGUCGCGUUAGCUUUCUACAUCAGGGUAAGCCCACCUUCCUAACUCUGACUCCUCUUCAGAUACUGGGGCUAUUGUGAAUCCCAGUGAUACCAGACACAAUCAUGUCCAUGUUCAGCACAGGCCUCCUUGUGCUGACAUCUCCUCUCCAGACCCUCCCUUUACGCAUCGCUCCGGUGCUCAGCUCGGCUGCUCAGCUCGUAGAACGCACGCUGUACGUCCACCUCCAUCCUGGCCUCAACCUGAGUAGUGGGAGCCAACCUCGACCCGUUUUCAUUCCACCCGUAGUAGACCUGUCCACACUCAUCACUCGGCUAUACAACAACGCAGCGGAUGUAUGCGGCCACCUGGAUGUUCGGGUUUUGCUUACUAACAUGCGCGCUCAGCCGACUGCCUGCAGCGACACCACGUCUCCAAAUUGCCCCUUCCCCACGCCGCAGCCUCUGUUUCACUGCCCAGAGGUGGUGCUGACGGACUUUGCACCUCAGGACCCGCAUCAGUCUCAUCAGGUUAAGCAGUGUCUGGAGAAGUACACCGGUCACUGUUAUGUCUGCAGACCUGGUAUCUCAUCCGUGCUGCUUCACCCGCAACUAGUAAAGCUGCUGGAAAAUAGGGACGCUCCAAAAGAUGACGAAGGGCCAAAGGCUGAACCCAUGGAAACCUACAGUGAUGUAGUAGUAGGAGGCACGUUUGACCGCCUCCAUGGAGCCCACAAGACAUUGCUCAGCAUCUCAUGUCUACUGGCCAAUAGAAGGUUUGUCAUUGGUGUGUGCGACCAAGCAAUGCUUAAAAAAAAAGUUCUAAAGGAGCUGAUUGAGCCGUACUCUGAGCGAGUGCAGAGACUCCGAGAGUUUCUGCAAGACACCAAACCCUCACUGCAGGUGGAGAUCGUGCCACUUGAAGACCCCUUUGGUGUGUCCAUAGUGGACCCUCUGUUGAAGUGCAUCGUGGUGAGCGAGGAGACCAGAAAGGGGGGUGAGGCUGUCAACAAGAAACGCGUUGAGAAUGGCCUUCAACUUCUUGUCCUUCAUGAGAUCCAGCUGCUUAAGGAUGCUCACCACGACGAGAUUGAGGAGGAGAAGAUCAGCUCCUCCAGUCUACGCUCUCGUCUACUUGGCACCCUCCUUACCCCACCUAAAGACCCGUCCCACCUCCCUCCUACUCCGUAUGUGAUUGGCCUGACGGGAGGCAGCGGCAGUGGAAAGAGCUCCAUCGCCAAACAGCUGGAGGUUCUGGGUGCAGUUCGGAUCGAUUGUGAUAAACUGGGUCAUGAGGUGUACCAGCUCGGGACAGAAGCCUAUCACAAAGUGCUCCGAGUAUUUGGAUCAGAAAUUCUCAAUGAGGAUAAAACCAUCAAUCGACGUGCAUUAGGAGCAAAGGUGUUUGAGAACCAGGAGCGGUUAAAAUGUCUGACAGACAUUGUAUGGCCUGAGAUUGCACUGCUGGUCAAGCAAACGAUUAACCGAGCCAGAGAAGAAGGUAAGGAGGUUUGUGUGGUGGAUGCAGCUGUUCUUCUCAAGGCCGGCUGGACGGAUUUGAUCCACGAGGUUUGGGUUACCAUCAUUCCUGAGGAGGAGGCCGUGGUACGAAUAACUGAACGGGAUGGUAUUAGCACAGAAGAUGCCCUGCGCAGGCUGCAGAGUCAGUGGUCAAACAGCAAACAAUUGAAGCAUGCUAAUGUAGUUCUCAGCACUCUGUGGGAACCAGAGGUCACUCGUAAACAGGUCCUAAAAGCUUGGAAUCUUCUUCAGAAGAGAAUCCAGCAGAAGAUAGAGGGAUGAUAGAGAGCAUGUCUAGAUUAUAUCAGCUUUGGCUUGUGCAGAGAAAGCGCAGAGGGAAGUGCGUGUGCCAGUGACCAAUUCACGGGAGCAAAUACUGCCUUCGGCAAAAAGUGAAGACCGUCAUCAUGCAUCUGCAGCAAAGCAAAUCUCCCUCACAUUUUUUAACAAGAAUGCAGUGCCUGAUCCUCUUUUCAGAGGUUUUAAAAUUGUAGUUUUAUGUCCAAGAUGCUAAAUUUAAAGAUGGAUGUGAAAAAGUAAACUUGGAAACAAAUAUUAUUUUGAUUUUAAAUGAGUUGUAACCAGUGAGCUUUAGAUAAGAUUUCAUCUAAGAAUCUUUUUAAGGUAUUUCUUUAAAUGACUUAUUUCAGCAUUAGUGUUUAAAUUCUUGGCUGUAUUCAGUGUGAAUUAAUAUGUGGACACUAACCUGUAAAGAAAGCCUUAUUUGUAUUAAAGUCAUUCAACUCAGUGAUGCAUUAAUAGAAAUCAGUUUCCACUGGGAAAAUGGUUUAAAAGCAGUAGGGGUUUUUGUCCUCAGAGAUGCAGUCACACAAAAUGACAUUCAGCCAGUCUGUUAAUCAGCACAUUUCAAUGUCCAAUUUUCACUGUACUUUCUGUCUGAAGUGACAGAAAAAUUGUCCAUGUUAAAACAAGUCAGUGUUAAAUAAACUGAGGUUUACAAAAUAAAGCAUAAAAUAAGACAACCUUAAUUUUAGUUUUUUAUGUUGCAUGUCAUCUUAAAACUUUAUAAAUCUUAAUAAAUCAUUUUCUAUUAAGUAA